AUGGACCCCUCCAACCAUAAAAGUCCAACAACUGGUUCCAGUAAAGGUAGUCCUGACGAUUUGGGGAUGAAUUACUCCGAAAAGAUUCCACCUUAUUACAAGUGUUUUGGGGUUCACCCCUCUAUUAGCAUGCAGGACCUUUCUCGCCGCUACAAGAAGCUUUCGCUGGAGUUGCAUCCGGAUCGCGCUACUUACCGGGCGAAUCCACUGAGUAAGGAGGAUAUCGAAAGGUUUCAGCUCAUUACCGAAGCCUAUAAGGUCCUAUCGGAUCCGCAAACCCGAACCGCCUACGAUACUCGUCAUGGCGUGAACUUCCACGCGCGCCUCUCCGCACUGCAGGAGACGAUUGCCUCACACAAUUCAGAAGCUAUCCAACCCCAGACAGAGCGGGGUGGACGGCGGCGUGGCCGAUCCCCUGAAUCCCUCUCAGGAAAUCCGGACACGGGCAUCCGUCUCAAAAGCGAAUCCGAACGCAGUGACGAUGCGGAUGACAGUGAGGAGGAAUACUGUCCGGCGGAGUCUGCCGAAUCCCACGGGUUGCCCGACGCCGGUCCAACCCCAGUCCUGUCAUCCCAGCUCUCGUGGGCGUUGGGCCCAGGGAAAACCGCCACCGAGACGUUUCGUCUCUACCCGGCGGACCUCCCCCACCCCGAGGCCCCUAAGGCGCUCAGCCCCGGCGGGAUCGGUUCAUUAGCGGCCACCUUCCCGAACGACGCGAACGCGUUGCCGCACGAGGGCGAUCAUUACCAAACCAUCACCAUCCACCGUCCCGCUGGCGCGCAGAGCUGGGGGCUUCGGAUACGCGGCGACGUCCUGGUCGGGUGCCCGUCCCACCCUGGGGUCCCCUUCCCGGCCCGCAUCGUUCAGGUCAACGGGCGGGUCCUGCCCUCGCACGCGAUUUGGGACGUCUUGAGGGGCCGGAUCGCGGACGAGACCGGUCUCUUGGUCAGAGACCGGACGAGCCCAAGCCCGGGCCCCUCCACCCUGUUGUCCCAGGAGGGUCCCUCCUCGGCCGCCGACGGCGGGGGUGCUGCUGUGACAACGCCGGGGAAGGACCGGGAGGAGCUGCAGCUCACCCUCCUCUACGGGGUGCGGGGGUGGCGGCUCGUUGGGGACUGGGCGGAGCUGCGCGAUCCCGCCGCGAUGGCGGCGUUGGUGCCGCCAGGUCAGGUCGUCGCGGCGUUGCCCAGCCUCGGCAUGGACGCCGCCGUGCUGGCGGUGAACGGGACGCCGGUGAGGGAUGCCGAUGGGAUGCGCCGUCUUUUGACGCGUCUUGCCGUCAAGGAUGCGUCAAACGAGCUCUCCAAAGCGUCCUCGCUAGGGCCGUCCACGGUGAUUCUUGAGUGCGCGACUCUGAAUGAACCCAUGCAGGGUUAA